GGAAUACUGAAAAGCCAUAUAAAUUCAUGGCGACGGACUAGUCCGCCUCUGUCUCAUUAUUGUUAGAGAACGGUGCUUUGCGACUACCAUCUCUAUUCGCUGUCACCAGCAUAAAUCUCAGGUCUCAGCUCAGGGUCUGUCUCACGGUGACUGCAACCUGCAACACUGGCACGUAUUUUUUAUCGGCAAAAUAAUGUCAGAAUUCAGAAUAGAACAUGCAUUGCAAAUCUUUUAUAAUUAGCCGGGUUUAAUUUUCUUAUAAGUCGUAAUAGUUUUUGCAUUCGUCUUGAUAUCAAAAUGUCUCGAUAUUGUACCAUAGCUAGAUACAAAUAUUACUUGGAUAAUGUGAAAAACGUUAAGGAAAUCUCAUCUAGGAAUAUUCUCCACAUCCAGGAUGUUAUUAAUUUAGGAAACUCGAACAGAAUGUACUCAUCUGGAGUUUGGAAUAAAAUAAUGAAAAGUUUGACCGAGGCAAGUAAACUGCAGAAGACAACAGAAGCUGUAAGUGCCUUUAGUAAAGAAACAGAGUCGCAGAAUGUUGCUAUUCAAAACCCAGAGAGUACAAGAGUUAGGCUAUUCAAAAAAGAAUUCCAAAAAGCAUGUUCAACAGUCCAAAAGAAACUUAUAAAUGGAAAAGGCAUUCUGUUAUGUUCAGCUAGUGUUGCUGCAGUGAACCCAGGAUCUAAAGAUAGCUUACCAGCAGAGUUAACUUCACAAGUAGCUAGCAAAUCACCAGAUGGAGUCCCAGUUGAGGCUAUACCAGAGCCUCCAGUUAUACCUGAAGCUGCAAAAUUUGUAUCAGGAUUGACCAACAAGUCACUAGAUGUAAUAUUGGUGGAGCCUAUAACAAAACCUCAUCAAGUAUCUCAAGCUGAAGUAUUAUCAGAAGCUACAAUCACAUCAGAUACUAUACAAGUAGAACUUAUACCUGAAAAUUCGCCCAAUUUACAAGCUGCGGAAAUAUUACCAGAUGAACCUACACCUGAACCUCCUCCCUCGUUAGAAGCUACUGAAUUACUGCAACAGGAAUAUAUAUCUGAAACUCCACAAACUUUGGAAGCUGCGAAACUUUUAUCAGAAAGUGAUAUCUCAUCGGAAGGAACCUCAGCAGAAACUAUAUCUGGAUCUUCCCCAGAAUUGGAAGCUGCUGGACUUCCACUCAAAAAUACUAGCGCAUUAGAUGGUACACCAUUGGAACCUAUACCUGAACCGCCUCCUAUAUUUGAAGGUGCUGGAGAAGUCAUUAAUCAAGUGAAUGCCCUUGGGGAACCCACACUAGCUUCCCUUGGACUAGGCGGUUAUACACCAGUAGGACUUGUCCAGAAUUGUUUGGAACACUUGCAUGCUGAUUUUGGUGUACCGUGGUGGGGAGCUAUUGUCAUUGGUACCUUUGUGAUUAGGAUAUGUUUAUUCCCGCUUGUAGUCAUAGCUCAAAGAAAUGCAGCAAAGAUGAAUAAUUGCUUACCUCAAAUGCAGGCUAUACAGAUGAAAUUGACAGAAGCAAGACAAACUGGUAAUGCUCUAGACGCGGCUAGGUAUACUCAGGAGUUGAUGCUCUUUAUGAAAGAGAAAAAUCUUAGUCCAUUCAAAAACAUGCUGGUUCCAUUGGCGCAGAUGCCAGUUUUCGUUUCUUUCUUCAUGGCUUUACGUCAAAUGUCUAAUGUACCGGUAGAAAGUUUGAGAACAGGAGGAUUAUGGUGGUUCACAGAUUUAACAUUACCCGAUCAGUACUUCAUUUUACCGUUAAUCACCAGUGCUACCUUAUUUGCUACCAUUGAGCUCGGCACUGACUCGGCAAAAUUAUCAUCCCAGAACAUGUUUCUGAUGAAAUACGUCCUGAGAGGCUUACCCAUCGUCAUUCUACCAUUCACGGUGAACUUCCCAGGCGCUAUACUUUGCUACUGGGUGUCAACGAAUUUCAUUUCUUUAGUACAAGUUGGUAUCCUAAGACUACCUAGGGUGAGGGAGUACUUCAACAUAGAACAAAUGAGCAGAUUCGAUCCCCAAGCAUUGCCAAUAAAACCAAAAGGUUUUAGGGAAGGACUGAAGGAAUCUUGGACCAAUAUAAAGAUAACAAAGGAACUCGAAGAUAGAAGGCGGUUGGAUGCAAUCCAGUUUUCGAGGGCAGGGAAGGGCCCCAUACAGAAAACAUAUAAGUAUGACCCUACAAAGGUCAAUGAACCUGGAAGCGCCGGCGCUGCACCAAUGAGUGCUAGAAAACCAUAGAGCUACUACGUAUUGUUAAGUUUAAUAAAUGUUUGUUUUUUGUACAAGUA